GUCGAACCGAGCUCUCGCGUCGAAGCGUUUCCCGCAGAGCUGCUCAUUUCUGUCCGGGUUUAGAUAGCGAUGCCGCCUCAUCCGCUGCGUGUCGCGGUCGUGUGCUCCAGCAACCAGAACCGCAGCAUGGAAGCGCACAACAUCCUGAGCAAGCGAGGGUUCGACGUGCGCUCCUUCGGCACAGGGACACAUGUGAAACUCCCUGGACCCGCACCGGACAAACCCAACAUUUACGACUUCAAAACCACUUAUGAGCAGAUGUACAACGACUUGGUCCGUAAAGACAAGGAACUAUACACACAGAACGGCAUCCUGCACAUGCUGGACCGCAACAAGCGCAUCAAGUCUCGUCCAGAACGCUUCCAGAGCUGCAGAGACCAGUUUGACCUGGUGAUCACCUGUGAGGAGCGAGUCUACGACCAGGUGCUGGAGGACCUGAACUCUCGUGAGCAGGAGUCGUUCCAGCCGGUUCAUGUCAUCAAUGUGGACAUUCAGGAUAAUCAUGAAGAGGCGACGCUCGGAGCUUUCCUCAUCUGUGAACUCUGCCAGUGUAUUCAGCACACAGACGAUAUGGAGAACGAGAUGGACGAGCUGCUGCAGGAGUUCGAGGAGAAGAGCCAUCGGCCGUUCCUGCACAGCGUCUGCUUUUACUGACCGCAGCAGAGUGUGUGUGUGAGACCUCUGACCCCAGCACACACACACACACACCUCCGUCAGGUGGAGGACGACAGCUCCACACCUUUGCUUUCUCAUGAAGUUUUCUUUUUCUUAUUUAAUGAGGGUGUGAAGCCCUCGGAGGACGUCCGUCUGUCUGCCUCCCUCUCUUCAGUUGUGUAAAUGAUGAUGAUGAUGAUGAUGAUGAUGAUGAUGAGUCUGUAAUUGUACCUGACGCAGCCCAGAGUGCCUGACAUUAUUAUUUUUGUAAAUAUUGCGCUCUCGAUGAGCGAUGGAGUGAGUGAAUAAAGCAUGGCUGAUGUUAACCGCA